GGCAAGCGCAAGAUUGGCAAACACAAGGCAGGCAAGUGCAUAGUGGGCAAGCACAAAGAAGACAAGCACAAGGUGGGCAAGCACAAGGUGGGCAAGCACAAGGUGGGCAAGCUCAAUGUGAACAAGCACAAAGCAGGCAAGCACAAGAUAAGCAAGCAAAUGGCAGGCAAGAACAAGGUGGGCAAGCAAAUGGGGGGCAAGCACAAG